UCCUCCGCGAAGGCUCCUUUGAUAUUAAUAGUGUUGGUGUCUUGAAACUGACGUAAUGCGCGGAGACUGAGGUCCUGACAAGCGAUAACAUUUCUGAUAAAGACCCGAUCUCACUGCAAUCUCAAGCGUCCUCUUUUUUUGGUGCUGCUCGUUUCUCCAGUCCCCGCGUCCUCUCGAUCGCUCUCUCGCCUUCCUAUUUUUUUUUUUUAAACAAAAAACAACACCCCCUCCCCUCUCCCACCCGGCACCGGGCACAUCCUUGCUCUAUUUCCUUUCUCUUUCUCUUGCUCUUUUUUUUUAUAAAGGGGGGGAGGGAAGGAAAAGGGGGGGAGGCAGGAAAGACCUUUUUCUCCCCCCCCCGCCCCCCAAUAAUCCAAGAUCAACUCUGCAAACAACAGAAGACGGUUCAUGGCUCUGGCCGCCGCGCCACCAUCUUUCGGGCUGCCGAGGGUGUUCUUGACGAUUAAUCAACAGGCCUCAGAAUUGAUAACUAUGAAAGUUUUUGAGUAAGAGCGAUGGAUCUUAAUGAUGAACCAAAAUUAUGAUAGAAUAUUCAUCCUUAUCCUAUUUUGGAAAAUCACGGCUAGACUUUUAAGUGAGAUGUGCAGAUCAGCUUUCAAAAUGCCUUCUGUGUCUUCCGAGCAUCUUCUAAGACAAUUGCAUUAGCCUCCUGGUAGUUGACUAAUAGAAUUAAUAAUUGUAAAAAGCAUUCUAAAGCCACAUGCCUUAUGAAGUCAAUGCUGGGUAUGAUUUUACAAAUAUGGUCCGGAAAAAGAACCCCCCUCUGAGAAACAUUGCUAGUGAAGACGAGGGCCAGACCCUGGAGCCUAUAGGUACAGAAAGCAAGGCAUCUGGAAAGAACAAAGAAUUUUCUGCAGAUCAGAUGUCAGAAAAUACGGAUCAGAGUGAUGCUGCAGAACUAAACAAUAAGGAGGAACAUAGCUUGCAUGUCCAAGAUCCAUCUUCUAGCAGUAAGAAGGACUUAAAAAGCUCAGUCCUGAGUGAGAAGGCUGGCUUCAAUUAUGAAAGCCCCAGUAAGGGAGGAAACCUUCCCUCCUUCCCACAUGAUGAGGUGACAGAUAGAAAUAUGUUGGCUUUCUCAUCUCCAUCUGCUGGGGGAGUCUGUGAGCCCUUGAAGUCUCCUCAAAGAGCAGAGGCAGAUGACCCUCAAGAUAUGGCCUGCACCCCAUCAGGGGACUCAUUGGAGACAAAGGAAGAUCAUAAGAUGUCACCAAAGGCUACCGAGGAAACAGGGCAAAUGCAGAGUGGUCAAGCCAAUUGUCAAGGCUCAAGCCCAGUUUCAGUGGCCUCAAAAAACCCACAAGUGCCUUCAGAUGGGGGUGUAAGACUGAAUAAAUCCAAAACUGACUUACUGGUAAAUGACAACCCAGACGCGGCACCUCUGUCUCCAGAGCUUCAGGACUUUAAAUGCAAUAUCUGUGGAUAUGGUUACUAUGGCAACGACCCCACAGAUCUGAUUAAGCACUUCCGAAAGUAUCACUUAGGACUGCAUAACCGCACCAGGCAGGAUGCUGAGCUGGACAGCAAAAUCUUGGCCCUUCAUAACAUGGUGCAGUUCAGCCAUUCCAAAGACUUCCAGAAGGUCAACCGUUCUGUGCUUUCUGGUGUGCUGCAGGACAUCAAUUCUUCAAGGCCUGUUUUACUAAAUGGGACCUAUGAUGUACAGGUCACUUCAGGUGGAACAUUCAUUGGCAUUGGACGGAAAACACCAGAUUGCCAAGGAAACACCAAGUACUUCCGCUGUAAAUUCUGCAAUUUCACUUACAUGGGCAACUCCUCCACUGAACUAGAGCAACAUUUUCUUCAGACUCACCCGAACAAAAUAAAAGCUCCUCUCCCCUCCUCUGAGGGUGCAAAACCUUCAGAGAAAAACUCUAACAAAUCCACGCCUGCACUUCGAUCCAGUGAUGCUGGAGACUUGGGAAAGUGGCAGGACAAGAUAACAGUCAAGGCGGGAGAUGACACUCCUGUUGGCUACUCAGUACCCAUCAAGCCCCUCGAUUCCUCAAGACAAAAUGGUACGGAGGCCACCAGUUACUACUGGUGUAAAUUUUGCAGUUUCAGCUGUGAGUCAUCUAGCUCCCUUAAACUGUUAGAGCAUUACGGCAAGCAGCACGGAGGAGCACAGUCAGGCGGCCUUAAUCCGGAAUUGAAUGAUAAGCUUUCCAGGGGCUCUGUCAUUAAUCAGAAUGAUCUGGCCAAAAGUGCAGAAGGGGAGCCAAUGACCAAGGCAGAGAAGGGCUCUAGUGGGGCUAAAAAGAAGGACUUCUCCAGCAAGGGAGCAGAGGAUAACAUGGUCACGAGCUACAAUUGUCAGUUCUGCGACUUUAGAUAUUCCAAAAGCCAUGGCCCUGAUGUAAUUGUAGUGGGGCCACUCCUCCGUCAUUAUCAGCAGCUCCAUAACAUUCAUAAGUGUACCAUUAAACACUGUCCCUUCUGUCCCAGAGGCCUUUGCAGCCCAGAAAAGCACCUUGGAGAAAUUACUUAUCCAUUUGCUUGUAGAAAAAGUAAUUGUUCCCACUGUGCACUCUUGCUUUUGCACUUGUCUCCUGGGGCAGCCGGAAGCUCAAGAGUCAAACACCAGUGCCACCAGUGCUCAUUUUCCACCCCUGACGUAGAUGUGCUCCUCUUUCACUAUGAGAGCGUGCAUGAGUCCCAGGCAUCGGACGUCAAACAAGAAGCCAACCAUCUGCAAGGACCAGAUGGGCAGCCGACUGUCAAGGAAAGCAAAGAACACUCAUGUACCAAAUGUGAUUUCAUUACCCAGGUGGAAGAAGAGAUUUCCCGACACUACAGGAGAGCACACAGCUGCUACAAAUGCCGUCAGUGUAGUUUCACAGCUGCCGAUACUCAGUCACUACUGGAACACUUCAACACUGUUCACUGCCAGGAACAGGACAUCACUACAGCCAAUGGCGAAGAGGACGGUCAGGCCAUAUCCACCAUCAAGGAGGAGCCCAAAAUUGACCUCAAGGUCUACAGUCUGCUCAACCCAGACUCUAAAAUGGGAGAGCCAGUUUCCGAGAGUGUGGUGAAGAGGGAGAAGCUAGACGAUAAGGACGGGCUAAAAGAAAAAGUUUGGACCGAGAGUUCAAGUGAUGACCUUCGCAACAUGACUUGGAGAGGGGCCGACAUCCUGCGGGGCAGUCCAUCCUACACUCCAGCGAGCCUGGGGCUUCUGACGCCUGUGUCCGGCGCCCAAGAGCAGACAAAGACUCUAAGGGAUAGCCCCAACGUAGAAGCGGCCCACCUGGCGCGCCCCAUGUAUGGCUUGGCUGUGGAGACCAAGGCGUACCUGCAGGGGGUGCCAGCCGCGGGAGAGAAGACGGGCGCCCUCACCCAGCAGUAUGCUUCCUCCGCGGAAAACAAGUCCAAGGACGAAUCCCAGUCCCUGUUACGGAGGCGCAGAGGCUCCGGUGUUUUCUGUGCCAAUUGCUUGACCACGAAGACCUCUCUCUGGCGAAAGAAUGCAAAUGGCGGAUAUGUAUGCAACGCGUGUGGCCUCUACCAGAAGCUUCAUUCGACUCCCAGGCCUUUAAACAUCAUUAAACAAAACAACGGUGAGCAGAUUAUUAGGAGAAGAACAAGAAAGCGCCUUAACCCAGAGGCACUUCAGGCUGAACAGCUCAACAAGCAGCAGAGGGGUGGUAGUGAGGAGCAGGUCAAUGGAAGCCCCUUAGAAAGGAGGUCAGAAGACCACUUAACUGAAGGUCACCAGAGAGAAAUUCCGCUCCCGAGCCUGAGUAAAUACGAAGCCCAGGGUUCAUUGACUAAAAGCCAUUCUGCUCAGCCACCAGUCCUGGUCAGCCAAACUCUGGAUAUUCACAAAAGGAUGCAACCUUUGCACAUUCAGAUAAAAAGUCCUCAGGAAAGUACUGGAGACCCAGGAAAUAGUUCAUCUGUAUCUGAAGGGAAAGGAAGUUCUGAGAGAGGCAGUCCCAUAGAAAAGUACAUGAGACCUGCGAAACACCCAAAUUAUUCACCACCAGGCAGCCCUAUUGAAAAGUACCAGUACCCCCUUUUUGGACUUCCCUUUGUACAUAAUGACUUCCAGAGUGAAGCUGAUUGGCUGCGGUUCUGGAGUAAAUAUAAGCUCUCCGUUCCUGGGAAUCCGCACUACUUGAGUCAUGUGCCUGGCCUACCAAAUCCUUGCCAAAACUAUGUGCCUUAUCCCACCUUCAAUCUGCCUCCUCAUUUUUCAGCUGUUGGAUCUGACAAUGACAUUCCUCUAGAUUUGGCGAUCAAGCAUUCCAGACCUGGGCCAACUGCAAACGGUGCCGCCAAGGAGAAAACAAAGGCACCAUCAAAUGUAAAAAAUGAAGGUCCCUUGAAUGUAGUAAAAACAGAGAAAGUUGAUAGAAGUACUCAAGAUGAACUUUCCACAAAAUGUGUGCACUGUGGCAUUGUCUUUCUGGAUGAAGUGAUGUAUGCUUUGCAUAUGAGUUGCCAUGGUGACAGUGGACCUUUCCAGUGCAGCAUAUGCCAGCAUCUUUGCACGGACAAAUAUGACUUCACAACUCAUAUCCAGAGGGGCCUGCAUAGGAACAAUGCACAAGCGGAAAAAAAUGGAAAACCUAAAGAGUAAAACCUUAGCACUUAGCACAAUUAAAUAGAAAUAGGUUUUCUUGAUGGGAAUUCAAUAGCUUGUAAUGUCUUAUGAAGACCUAUUAAAAAAAAAAUACUUCAUAGAGCCUGCCUUAUCCAACAUGAAAUUCCCUUCUUUUAUUAUUCUUUCUUUUGAUGAGUAGGUUACCAAGAUUAAAAAGUGAGACAAAUGGUCAGUGAGAAGAAAAAAAAAAAUGGAAGAUGGUAAAUAGUCAUGUUCUAGAACCUAGUAAGUCAAAACCAUCUUGGUGAAUGUGUACGGUGGGAACGAUCCAUGAGAAGUAUCAUCAGACUAUGAUAAUUAUGUUUGUAAAGAAAGAUCAAAGCUGUCUAGAAUUUGAAAACUUACAUAUUAUAAGUCUAAAGCAGUAUUGGGCUGGCCAUUGGCUCAUUUGUUCAAAAACCCAUAAAUUGUUGCCUAAAUUUACAAGUAUCAUGAAAUCCUAGGCAGGCGAGGAGAAAUCUAAUCUCCAGGGCAGUGAAAGGAAAAUGGCGCCCUCUUACCAUCAGUCUCCUCUCAUUGACCAUGUUUCAGAUUUAGACCUAGAAAUGAGAGCCCGUGGGUAGGCUUGGUGUGAGAUCAGCAAAGAAAAGUGACAGAUGGUGGCACAAUGUUUUUGGCCAGCCCUGCCUGUACAUACACAUGCACACCCCCUCUGAUAUUUUUGUCCUUUAGAUGUUCACAUAUUCCUUUCGAAAGUAGUCCUUUUGUUUGCAAUUUAGGUUCAUUUUGUCCAAAUAUAUAUGCAUUUUUAAAACCAAUGUCCUCAGUGCUUAUGUAGUAAUUUUAUUUUAGCCAGAUAUUUUCUUUCUUGUAUGUGAUGAACCAGUGUGGAUUUGUUUUUUAAGCCUCCUCUUGAUCACUAAUCUCACUUGGCACAUUCUAACUAAAGCGAUACCCUCAGUUCAAAAGAAUAGAUGGACACAAAAGUUCAGACCAUGGGCUUAAUUUGUUUAGAACACAUGGUAUUUCUCCACAAGGUAACCUGCUGUAUUUAUUUAUUUUCUUUCGGUUAAAUAUAAUUUCCAAGCUUUGUGGUCAGGCAGCGUCUAAGGUUACGUUACCACAGACUGACGGUAUGUAUACCAAUCAAUCCCUUCAUUAGAUUUAUACAGAUUUAGUUAAGUAGCAUUAAAUAGGAUUCUUAGAAGUAUGUCUUCAUAGUACUUUUAAUACUUAAGGCUUUGUAAAACUAUCCAUGAAGGGAAAGCUCCUCAGCAUAACUGCUCAGGGAAAUAGGGCUAAAUAACUGAACAUUAAAUAAUUGGUUAAAGGUGCUGUUAGUCGAGCCUCAAUGCUUGCUACAAGGAUGUAUGUACAAGGACUGACUUUAAUAAUUUGCAUUAUAUUGUCCCAACCAGUAGUUUAUUUUUUGCCACGGAGAUGUAGAAGAUAUUACAAGCUACUGGAUGCACUGUCAGAUUAACUUAUUUCAUUAAAGAAGUUGGGAGAACAAAUAGGAAAAAAAAAAACUUAUUUUUCUAGUAAAUAUUAAUGUAUUACAUUUCAAAUAAUGGUGCCUGACAUAUUGAAUAAUUAUUUUCUACAGUGUACGUAUGCAACAAAGAUAUUCCAUCAUGCAUUAGAGUCAGUUCUGGCUCUGCCUAGCUGUUUACAUUUGCAAAUGUAGCAAACAAGGUAAUGAAGCAACUAUUUCUAUUGCGGUAGAUAUCUUUUGGUGUGUGUGUGUGUGUGUGUGUGUGUGUGUGUGUGUGCAUUAAAAUUGUAAACGGUAACAUGAAACAAAUGAAAGUUCUUGAUAUAAUGGUAUGGAAAACAAGAAGGAAAUGAAAAUAUUUUUAUGCCUACUUAGGAAAAAAAGGGUAGCACUAUUCAUUCCAAGUAUUUUUUUUUUAAUUUUUAAGCUCUUAACUCACAUUGUUAUGCUUAAAAUGAUACACAUAUAUCCUCUUUUUAUUGCUUUGUCUAUGUUUCAGAUGAAACAUUUCAGAAAUUAUUUUGAUAAGUGCUGCUGGAACCUGCAGCACUGAUGUUUUUAUUGCAUUCUGUAGUCGCAUUUGCACUCCAUUUUUACAUUAAUUCGCAGUUGCUUUGUAUUGUUUUGUUUUGUUUGGGUUUUGUUUCUUUUUUACAGUGCCAGGUCUUCGGUUCUUAAAAUUGGAUGGCAGGUAGAGUUCAACCAGAUUGUGACUGUUGUAGUGAAUGAAGCUAAAAAAUGUCUUUCUGAUGUUGUGUUGUCAUUUCCAUUCUUGCAUUUUUGUUUUCAUGUUGAAAAAAAAGAGAGAGAAAGAGAGACAAAGAAAGAAGGAAAGAAAGAAAUCAGGACUAAGCCUUCUGCUUCAGUUUCAUUUUUAAAGGGCUCUAUUCUGAUCUCACCUGUCUGGUAGCUCUCAUAUUCACAUAAACUAAAAUAAAGAGGUGGAAUGAGGAGCUUUGACAUUCAAAUUAUGUGAUGUAAUUUAUCUUUCUUAGGAAUCUAAUGAAUGCAUCUCAAAUUUACAGGCAGAGUUGAGAGGUGGCAAUUAAUAGCUAAAAAAACAGAAGAGACUUCCCAAAUAAUAACACAGUAUUUAAUUUUCUUAGUAAAAAGACGAGUAACAAAGUGCACUCUGGCUAUCCUCAAGCAACAUUAUAUGUGGACUGCUCAAAUCAGCAAAAUACCAGAAGUUUGGUUAAGUUGGGCGAUGUUACAGGUAUGACUUUGGGGGCAAAACAACUCCGUCAGCAGUUUCGUCAGUGUGUCAUACACAAACAAGUUGUUCACUUUUGGCAUGUAUGCCUUUUUAUUUUUAUCUGAUUCAUUUUUGUUUUUUUGGGUUUUUUUUCUCAGACAGACUGGGUAGUAAUGUUUAGCAUUGGAAAAUACAUAUCACUAUUCUUGGAAUAUUUAUGGUCAGCCUACUUUCGGUAGAAUAUUCUUGGAUAGCAUGGACACGCUAGAUCUUAUUCUGUAUUCCUGUGUUAUUGAUUUUCAUUUUUCUUUUCAUUGUUAUCCAUAUUUUGAUGGAGAAGAGGUUGGGCUUUUUUAAAAAGAUGAAAAUUUAUCGUAACACUAAAAUACCCCUUGUUUUAUGACUUUAUGAAAAGCCUUUGUUCCAUCCUCCAUAAUAUCUUACAAAUAUGGUUGGUCGUUAUUUUUAUUUGGUUUUUAGAUGUCUGAGUCAAUUCCGUUUAAGUUGUGAUUUUUAAAUGACCUAUGUAGGUACUUAAUUCUUUUGAGGACUUCCAAGAUGAUUUAGAAAUUUCCCCUCUUGGAAAAGGCUUCCCCUGUGAUGAAAACUAUACGCCAGCUAAAAUUGUAUGCCGUUUAAAAAUUGUUCUAAGUCCUUUAAAAUGACUUGUAUAGAUUCUGAAUCAAGCUUUGGGUCAAAAUUUAAGCCAGGACCAGCGCAUACAUUUUCAUUCUCCUUUCCUCACUCUUUCUCCUUUCAUCUCUUACCCAUAUAUUGAUAAUGUUGUUGCGGAUAGAAAAAUCAUCAAGAGCCAGCCCACCUCACCAGGUUGUGGAUUGGGAGACACUACACGACUCUAAGUAAAUGAGAAAAGGAUGGAGCUCUCAACGUUAACACGUUAACUCUGUAGUUCACAAGGGAAAGAGCGUGCCCAUUCUUUCUACAUGACAUAUUGAGAUGUUCUUUUAUAAAAAAAAAAAAAUCAACUUUUAAGAUAGUGAUGUUUUGUUCUAAACUGUUCUCUUUUAGUAACGGUAGAUUUUAGAAAACAAGCAUGGGAAUUCUUUCCUAAGAUAAUAUUAAUGAGAAGAAGAAAAAAGUGAUUCUCUUUAACAGCUCUUUGUUGAAGCCUGUGGUAGCACAUUAUGUUUAUGAUUGCACUUGUGCACAUAAUCCACCAUGAUCCAAUGCAAAUACAGCUCCAAAAAUAUGAAAUGUAUAUAUAUUUUUAAAAUGCCUGGGGAUAUACAUUUUCCUUGAUAAAUUGAGGAGUAUCAGUACUGCUUAAUAUUAAAAUAAUUAUUAGCCUCCUACUGUGUGGCUAGCAAAACAUCACAAGGUGACCUGUCUUGAGACCUCUGAACUGCCUGUCUGUUUAGUUAGUGAACAUUAACACAACUCUGUAUAGAGACGGAAUGUCUGUCAUCCAGUGGUGGAAACAUGAAGUAAAGCUGGUGGUCAGCUCCUGUGCUGUAUGCCAGCCUUUUACCUAAAGUUUAUGUGAACUCACAGCUUCCUGGCUUUGGGUUGAGGGCCAUGGCAAAAACAAAAAAAACACCACAGGGCAUCUGUGGUGAGCAAGUAGGUAAAAGUUUGCUGACUAUCCUAGAUCACAGGAGAAAACAAAGAAUUCAUAUUCAACCUGAACAUGAAACUAAAUGUGCUAACCAAAGGUAGGUACUUUUAGGUGGAAUUCUAUCAGCGGGCAACUGUAUAUGAGAAGAGAAGAGAAAGACAUGCAUCGAGACCUUGAAGGGCUGUGUUAUUUUCCCAAAGAAAGACUUGGCCAAGGGCAGAAGGCAUGGCUUCUUUCAAGAGCACUUCCUUUUGGUUUUCCAGUUGCUGUUUCAUAGAGAGUGGACUCAAGUGUUCCUGAUAGCGGUGCAAUUGUUUAGAAAUCAUCCACGGUUAUUACAGUAAUUAGGACCUUGGGAAGAUGCUAGGGUAGAAGUGUGUCAAGUCAGGGAUGAAGAAAAUGUGAAAUUCAACAUUGAUCCACACAUGGAAACUGGAUAAUGAGUGCUCAUGUGUUGUUCUCUUGAAAGGAAAGGUAGAGCCGUAAGCUUCACUUUGUCCUACACCAGAGAAAAGCAAGAGUAAUCUUUACGUGGAAAUAACAUUUAGCCUUCGUCAGAGAAAGUGGUCCUUCAAGACCCCUAAGUCCCAAAACUCUAUUCUCAUUUUACCCCUGGUUGGUUUUCAUUAUAUGACCUGCAGCAAAUCACUUUUUCUUUUUGUGCCUCAGGUUCCUCACCUGUAAAGUGGAAAAAAAUAUAUUAAUAAUAAUAAUAUUAAUAAUAAUAAUGGUAAUGUAGUACUUGUUUGUAAAGCACUUUGAGACCCUUGGUUGAAAGGCACCAUGGGAGUGCCAAGUAUUAUUAUAUGGCCGAGGGGCUUAUUUAAACUCUCAGUUCCCAAGGGCCAGGAGAGGUUGGGGUCAUUUUUGUUAGAGAGGAGCUGUAAAUAUCAUAACUAGACAGCCUAUAGUGUUGGCUAUGAAGAGGCAAAACUAUUACAAGGCUGAUAAAACCAUAGUUUCUUAAUGGCUACCAACAAGGCAAAUAUCACAAUACGAAAUGCCAAAUUCCUUAGGGUGGACAAUUUGACAACAUGGAUGAUUUGGGGGGUGGGGGAGGGAUGGAAGUGGGAAACAUCUCAAAAUGCCAAUGUAAAAUUAACUUACAGCAAUAUUCACCAGCAGAAAAUGUCUUUCAUAUGGAAUGAUUUCAUGUUGCUAAGAAAGAAUUCAAUUUGUAGUCCUGAUUUGAAUACUAGAAUGUUGGCUAUAAUAGUUCUGUUCUUACAACACAUGGAUUUUUUUUUGUUGUUUUAUUUAAUUUUGUUUUCAUAGUGCAUGUUCAUUUCUACUCACAAACAUGUUCUUGGUGUAUUUCUUAUGCAAACAAUCUUCAGGCAGCAAAGAUGUCUGUUACAUCUAAACUUGAAUAAUAAAGUUUUACCACCAGUUAUACAUAAUGGCGUUGGUAUGGUUUAUAUGGAUUCACUUUCAUCUAUGUAGCAAUAGGAAAUACACACCGUUGUAACAUAUAGACAGGCUCUGGUGAAUUGAGAUGGUGAAAUCAAAUCACCACUUUAAAAAAUAUGACUAAGAUUGAAAAA